AUGGAUAUUCAGAUACAUUACGAUCAACCACAGCAACUACCUCCGGCACCUGAUUGUUAUGACUGUGGUCAAGAACCACAAGAACCUUGCGAGCCACCGUGCUAUGAGCAGCCACCAUGCGACUAUGGAUGCGUAGAGCCACAGCAACCUUGUGGUUCAGGAUGUGUACAACCACAACAAGCGCCUUGUUAUGAUUCAGGAUGUGAGCAGUGGUCACCAUCGUGCUGCCCACAACCUUACCCAUAUCCAGAGCCA